AUCUCAUUAAAAGUUUAACUGAUAAAUUAUAUUGCGUUCAAUCAGAACUCAGUUCCUCAAAUUCCAGGGAUAGGCGACUCACUUACCGUAUUCCCUGGAGCCGGAGGACAAUUUCCUGGUGUACCUCACUCGAUGAGGAUGGGACUACCCACUGUUCCUGGUGCACCCACCGCGCAGUUACCAUCCAUAGGUAAUGCCCCUUCUCAAAUGUUCCCUGCAGGAGUCACAGGGCUACCAUCUGAACAAAUACCAGCUUCUGGUCUGCACGCAGUUGGAAAUUUAACACCGCAUUUGCCAUCUGAAAUUCCAUCUUCUCCAGGAUUUCCUAAAAUGGUCUCAACAGGGUUACCAGAAAUUGGAGCCAUUUCCGCUGCACCUCAAACACCAGGCUUUCCCUCGGGUAGCUUUUCAGCAGGGAUAUCUACACCGGGAUUAGCGCAACAUGGUUUACCAUCAAACAUGGAAACGGCACAAGGCCUUCCCAGAAUGCCAACUAGUUUAACUCCAUUGAACCUAGCAGGAACAGGGCAGAUGUCAUUGCCGGGAUUUGCUGCCGGUCAAGUCCCAUCUAAUAGCGGAUCUUUAUCUUUGGGAUUACCCUCUAAUUCAGAAACUACUCCAGGAAUGACAGGGAUAUCUGUUGCUGGUCUACCUUCGGGUGUACCGUCAGUCCCUGGUCUGCCACAAAUACCCGGUAGCGUUCCCACCGGAAUCACCCCAUCAGGUUUGAGAGCUGGAAUAAGCCUUCCUAGUCUUCCAACACAGUCUAGUCAAUCUGGAAUAGCAGUAUUUAGAUUGAACCCUGGUCAAUUACCAACUGGAACUCAUGAUUCAUCAUUUGGGGAAAGCGGAGGCAGUAUGCCCCAGAUUCCCGGACUGGGAACCAGAGUUCCUCUAGCAGUUCCUGAAAUCAAUUCUGGUAUGUCACCACAGGUUUUAGGAAUGCCUACAGAUAUAACAUCAGCUGCGAGAAUGGUGCCCCCUUCCACAGCGAUAGAUUUUCCUGGUACAGCUGGCCUUGGAAUGGGAGGUUAUGGGGCGGUGAUUCCUGACCCACAAGUAAAUUCUGGUACGUUGCCACCAGGGUCAUCAGAGGUUGCAGGAAUGCCUACAGAUUUAACUCCAGCUGCUGGAAUGGUGCCAACUUCCACGUCGAUAGGUUUUUCCGGUAGGGCAAUGAUACCUGGCUCACAAGUUAAUUUUGGUAUGGUACCACAAGACGGAUUAUUUCCCAGCUCCACUGCAAUACCGACUGGAGCACAACGCUUGGGUGAUACCGUGAUUCCUACCAAUCCAUAUGCAGGAUCAGUUGAUGAAGUGGGAGUUACAAAGCUGCAGGAAAUGGGACUCCCGACAAAUAUGCCGAACCAGGACCUUUUGGUAAGAAUAGAUCUAUGCGAAUCGACACUGUAAAGCGAUAAACUAAGUGUUGACGAGUUCUGGCUGCAAAAAUCCUUGUGAAUAUAACUAAGGAAAAACCCUCAAUUAUUCUUCUUCUUGCAAGUCACGUUGGAUAGCAAGCGAUUGUAUUGAAGACUCCAACCUCGCUUUAAGAUUUGAUAUCUUUGGUUUGAUAUGGCUUUUUUGUCUCAGGACUCUUUUA